CAUUUGCUGGAGAGCAACUGUUCGAGAGUAUUUUUGGUAGGAGGUUUUCUAAAACCGAUACGAUCGGCAAUAGGGCGUCUUUCGAGAGUUGAUCGUUCUCUCUCGUCCAUCUCUAUCUUAAUCGGAUUCAGGCCACUCUUUUCUCUCUCUAUCUCUCUCUAGUUUUUGGAUAUCUGUCCAGCGAUGGCCGAUCAGCUCACAGACGAACAGAUCGCCGAGUUCAAAGAAGCUUUCAGUUUAUUCGACAAGGAUGGAGACGGCAGCAUCACGACCAAGGAAUUGGGUACUGUGAUGCGUUCUCUUGGUCAAAACCCAACAGAAGCAGAGCUGCAGGACAUGAUUAAUGAGGUCGACGCAGAUGGCAAUGGGACGAUCGAUUUCCCUGAAUUCCUCAGCCUCAUGGCUCGCAAAAUGAAGGACACCGACUCCGAGGAGGAGCUCAAGGAGGCCUUCCGCGUCUUCGAUAAGGACCAGAAUGGAUUCAUCUCUGCCGCCGAGCUCCGCCAUGUGAUGACCAACCUCGGCGAGAAGCUCACCGAUGAGGAAGUUGACGAGAUGAUUCGUGAGGCCGAUGUAGACGGUGAUGGCCAGAUCAACUAUGAGGAGUUUGUCAAGGUCAUGAUGGCCAAGUGAAAAGGGAGGAUCAGCACCAUUAUUUCAAUUUUUUUAUCUAUAGGUGCAAAUUCAACCACACAAAAAAGAGCAAAAGUAAUAAUAAAUAAAAAAGUUUAAAAAACGCCUUUGCUGCCCAAUCUUCUGUUCUCUGUGCCUAUGUUUCUAUAUAUUCUUUUGAGAGUUUUGUUUUCAGUUUCAGUUUGACUGUAUGAAAUUAUAUAAUUUUUGCUCUAUUUUUGCAACUGCUGCAGACAUGGAACUGUGAGGGCUGUUCUCAGUAGCUGUUUUGAAUUCGAGCUUAUGAUUUGUGUAUGGUGCUGUGAUGUUAUUUUGGUUGCCAGUUUGCUUAAUACAU